UAAUUACACUUAAAUUAUGAGUGUUGACAGCGAAAAUAAGUCGAAUGAAGCUAUUGUUUCGUUUGCACCAUCAGAUCAGGAAAAUACUGAUAAUGGAAAUAUUGAAGGAACUCCGAUAACCCCAGAAAUUGUGCUGCGGUUACCUACAAUUACAGACAAGUAUUUAUGUUCUCCUGAGGCAAACAUUUAUGAUAUAGAUUUUACAAGAUUUCAAAUUAGAGAUUUAGAAACAGGAGCAAUAUUAUUUGAAAUAGCAAAACCACCAGCUGCUGAAUGUGAUUCUAAUCAAGAUAUGGAACCAGAAAAUGAAGAAUCCAGUUCUGAGGAUGCUAAUACUGGCCGCUUUGUACGCUAUCAAUUUACACCUCAAUUUCUUAAACUAAAGACUGUUGGAGCUACAAUUGAGUUUUUAGUGGGUUCUAAACCGGUAAACAAUUUUCGAAUGAUUGAACGUCACUUCUUUAGGGAUAGACUGUUAAAAACUUUUGAUUUUCAAUUUGGAUUUUGUAUACCAAACAGCAAGAAUACUUGUGAACACAUUUAUGAGUUUCCUACUUUACCUGCUGAUUUGGUUUCUGAAAUGAUUGAAAAUCCAUUUGAAACACGUUCAGAUUCCUUUUAUUUUGUGGACAAUCAGUUGGUAAUGCACAAUAAAGCAGAUUAUGCAUAUAAUGGUGGACAUACACAUGAUGUACUUUAG